CUUCACUUCAUCCCAGAUCAUUGGUGCCUAGACAAAAUUCGACACCUAGUUGGAGGUCAGGAUGAAAAUUUGAAGGUGCUGCGAUCACUCCAUAUCUCUCUUCAACAUGGAUAUGCCAGUCAAUGUGCCAGUUGAUGACCCGAAUGCCGAUACAGAAUGGAAUGAUAUUCUCCGCAAACAUGGCAUCAUCCCAGAGAAGCCAAAAGAUCCAGAGCCAAUCAUUCAAGAAGCUCUUCUCGAGGCUACACGCAAAGCCCACGAGAAUCGGCUCGAGGAUAAAGACUUAGAUGAACUCGCCGACCUGGAGGAUGAAGAGGACGAGGCAUUUUUGGAGCAGUACCGGCAACGUCGCCUCGCCGAACUCUCAACUCUUCAGAAGAAAAGUGUCUAUGGUCAAGUCUAUCCACUUCAGAAGCCCGACUAUGCGCGAGACGUCACGGACGAGAGUGCCAAUGCAUUUGUACUUGUCAACUUGACGUCUUCGCUUGGAACGAAUGUCGAGUCCCGAGUUUUGACUGAAGUCUGGCGUCAAGCAGCGGCAAAGUAUGGCGAUAUCAAAUUCUGCCAGAUAAGAGCCGACCUGUGUAUCGAAGGUUACCCUGAACGCAACACACCAACAAUUCUGAUCUACAAGGACGGUGAUAUCAGGAGGCAGGUUAUAACCCUGGCACAGUUGAACGGACCACGGACGAAUCUUCGCAACAUCGAGCAGCUUCUCGUGGACGUUGGCGCGAUCAACGAGAACGACAUGCGCCUUAAGCGAAAAGAUAGUGAGGAAGAGCUCGGCGGCAACAAAAAACCCAUAGAUGAUGAUGGUGAUGAUGAUGAUUGGGACUAGCGACGAAAUUUUAGAUCGGUCAAGCUAUACGGACCAAAACCACUCUCUACGAACCCUUACAGUCCCUAAGUUUCUCCGCGAAGCUCAGUAUUCGACCACCAAGCACUCUCAAAAUUUGCACAGCUCAAUUCCGCAGGCUGCUGCUAAAAUGCUAGGUCGAGAUGACAACGGACCGCUCAAAGGAUAUGAUCGAUUCCGCCUGUAGUCUGCCAGUCUUCUGGUAUAUAACUUCCGUCAGUCUUCAAGGGCCCUCGCGAGACAGACUUCUCUGCUCUGGUCCGAGUGUCGAUCAAACUGGCAGUGUCGAGAAAACAGUCAACGCAUCCUAGUCUCUAGCCAGCUUGAUACGCUGCCGUCGGCUCUCGCUUGUUCGGGUAGCAAAUGACACUCGAACCAGCCGAUGCUGCAUAUGCGGCUGCGGUUCGAGGUAGAGCCGUGUCGCCUGUAGAAAAUAUGUUUAUUUUCGAGUUUGCCUGAGCAUCAUGAAAUGAUAGUGUCGUGUAGACACUCUGAUCCAGAGCAUCAACCUUGGACUCAAAAAAGAUUCUCAAGCAUUGAAGAGGCUCUCAAGUUGUCGAUCCCGUCAUGGGACACAAAGCAGCCUCUCGACGACAAAGAUAGGACCCUUCAGUCAAAAGAGCUCAAACAAGUCCUCCUAAUUCAAAAUAUUUG